AUGGUUAAAAAAGUACUUCUUAUCAACGGUCCAAAUCUUAAUUUGUUAGGAACUAGAGAACCAGAAAAAUAUGGUACCACUUCCCUUUCAGAUAUUGAAAAAGCUGCAAUUGAACAAGCACAAUUGAAAAAAAAUGAUUCUGAAGUUUUAACUUAUCAGAAUAACACAGAAGGUUUUAUUAUUGAUAGAAUACAUGAAGCUAGACGUCAAGGUGUUGGUUUCAUUGUUAUUAAUGCUGGUGCUUAUACACAUACAUCCGUUGGGAUUAGAGAUGCAUUAUUAGGUACUGCUAUUCCAUUCAUAGAAGUUCACAUCACAAACGUACAUCAAAGGGAACCUUUUAGACAUCAAAGUUACUUGAGUGACAAAGCUGUUGCAGUGAUUUGCGGUUUGGGUGUCUAUGGUUAUACUGCUGCCAUUGAAUAUGCAUUGAAUUAUUGA